AAAUAUUAACUUUAAAUGCCACUGCAAUGGCGCUUUUAUGAACACCCAUCUUUUCAGAAUAAAGGUACUGUUUAGUAACCUAAAAAAAAUAUAGAAAGGAAACAUCAUAAAAACAACGCGAAUAUUUCAUGUAUUAUGUAGUAUUUGAUUACAAUCGCCUUAAACAAUUAUAACAAUAAUUGGGAACAAUUCGAGAAUGCCGCUUUGUAAAGAAGAAUUAUCGCAUCAUGAUAUUUCGGUGGAGGUUAGAACAUUUAUUGCUGGAGCAGCAAGAUUUAAUCAGAGUACAAAUACUAUCGACUUGGCAAGAACAGCUUUGUCUUUACUGAAAAAUGUUCCUGCUACAAGAGAGGCAGUGCUCGAAUAUUUUUGCUCUGUUUUCUAUGCAGCUGUUAGGAAACAUGUUCGUCAAAUUGAGUCUAAUAAAAGUCCACCAGUAAAUGAAGAAUCGAUUAUUGCUGAAAUCCAUGCUGUACUCAGUAGUUUCAUAAAUGGGAAUCCAGAAGCUUGGGCACCAAUAAUAUCAGCAUGGUCUUUGGAAUUAUUAGGUAAAUUGUCAUCUGAUUAUGCAACUCGUGGUAACUUGACAGUGAAUGCAGGAAUAAAUGAAUUCCUUCAGCAAUGGAUGUCUUGUCGCGCAACACGCACUCUCAUUGACAUAACAGCACAAUGCCUUCAGUGCCUAAUGCAUUCAGAUACUGAAUCCUGUAUAAAAGCAUUAUUAGACACAAGUGUUUUGCACAGUCCUCACUUCGAUUGGGUAGUUGCUCAUGUUGGGAGCUGUUUUCCAAAUACAGUCAUUACAAGAGUUUUGUCUUGUGGCUUGAAGGAUUUUUGUGCUAUGGGAUAUGAGCACAAUGUUCAAAAUCCAAAAUUAAACUCAGUCGUUGGAAUACUUGGCCACUUGGCAGGAAGUCACUUUUACGAUAUAAGGACUGCACUAAUUGAUUUGUUCAACUGGAGUCUAGAUGAAAAUCUCAAUGCUGACGAAGAUACAAAGAAACAGAAGAUAUCAACUGUACCAUUUCUACUGAAUUUAGCUUCGUUAUCUCAAACAUUACUAAAGGCCAUAACUAGUAAUGUUCUGCAGACUUUAAGACCAGACAUUAUACCUCAGCUAGCUUUGUUUGCUACAGAAUGGUGUAAAUACUUUGAUAAUCGACCAGAAGCUUUGAUAGACUUGGCAGUUCAUCUAGCUCUCGGAUGUGAACAGGGUGCCUCUCAAAUAAUAAAUAUUUUGUUAGAUACCAGCUUAAGCACAAGUAAUGUAGGAUAUCAUAGUGUUAAUGCUGCCCAAAGUGUGAAAAACGUUUGUCGAGAAAUACUCGAAUUGAUCCUACAAGAGAUUGAUCUACUAAUGAGAAGUCAGGGUUCGCAAUCAACUAAUAUUGCACUUUUGAGUUCUAUAAAGCAGGAUAUUCCUUUAGUCAUACCUCUGCUUCUAAAUCCGCAUCCACUACGUGUACAAACUACUGUGAGAUUAUUAGCCCUGCUUGGAGCACAAAGUCCAAACGUGAUAAUAUCUUCAGCAUCCUUUAUGCUGAAAAAGGCACAAACAAAUUUCCAUUUAGCCGCAUUAAUACGACUUGUCGCUCAUAAUGUUAUUACGUUUUCUGCUAAUAAAUCUGAAGUUGAAAGUCCUAUUGUGGGUCAUGGCUACUUCACCCAAGUAGUGGAGCAAGCAAUUCGUGAAAUUCAAUAUAUGUCUUCGAUGGAGAAUGAAGAUGGCAGACAAAUUUUUAAAAAUCUCGCAAUAUUGUUAAAAUGGGAGAAUUCUAACAAGGCGUCUAUACUGAGAACAAGAAUAAUAACAAGAGCAAUUAGGUCAAACUUACAACAGAUUUCCAAUUUGUUAAUGAAGACGGAUGAUUUUGAAUUGGCCAAUGAUAUUGCUAAAAUGUUAGAUCUCCUAAGUGCACCUGAUAAAGAUCAUUACAUCCCCAGUAUCGAACUUACCUUGAAGUUAACAAGAGCUAUUGUGCGAUACUUCUUUAUAUGCAUUGAAGAUAAUGAUAUUAUCAAGAAGGAACGUGGUGUAAAGAUAGUUUGUCGAUUUCUUCGCGUUCUGACUCGUUAUUCUCCAUGUGCGCGUGUAUUAGCUUUGAGGGAAUUAUUAAGAAAUAGUAUUUAUAAUGACCCAGCCAAAUACUUUGGUGGAAAAGAGAAAUUUGAACCUAAGAUAGAAGAUAUGUUACUUUUACAUCAGAAUCACAAACAGGGUACAAGUGUUAUGUUAGCACAGAGACAUUCAUCAGUAUUUCAUGCUGGAGUCAUAGGUCAAGGACCCAGAAAGCCACCUCCAGACAAUACACUUGACAAAGAAACUAUAACAUUGAACAGCAUGCUUUUAAUGGACGUAAUUAAGGCUUGCUGUAGUACACCAGAAUUAGAACAGUAUCCUGUCAACUUAGAUGCUUUGACAAUGGUCAGUUUACUAUUAGUAGAACUAGUAUCUCCAGACGUUAUGUAUAAUGGAUUACCAUGGCCAGAGGAAGAAUUUACAAAGGUCACUGUAGAAAGAGAUUUGCAGAUUAGACGAACAUUUAAGGACGUUCCUCUACUUUGGACAUUAUUGGAGCUAACUGCUCGAUACAGACCUGCAUUGGUAUAUUGUUCAGUUUUGUUAAGAGCAAUUGCUGCAACGGUCAUGGCUAAUUGGAAUGUUACUGAUGGUAUGUCAUUAGCUAACGUGAUGGCACUUGGACAGUUAUUACCACCACCACUCGCUAGCAUAAGAGAUAUUUUACCUGUUCUAGAUCAACAUCAGAUUAACACUGUAAUGAGAGAAUGCGUAUGGGCAUAUAUGCAUGAGAACGUGCCAUCGCCAGCAUUAUUUACUCGCAAUGAGGGUACCAAUGUAGCUUGGCGCGAUACAGACACCUCAGUUCCUAACAUUCGUUUCACGGAGACUCUACGUCUCGUAUUUUUAUCAAAUAUUAAUAAUUUGGGUGCUCUUUAUUCGACGCUUUUCUAUACUGAACAUAAGUGAGAUAUUCUUGGAUGUAGAGAACGUCAGUGUAAAAUAAAUUUCUCAAUUUGCAUUGGAUUUGAUUCAA